AUGAGCCCGGUGGUACUACGACCGGAUAUUGAUCCAGGUCGUUUCUCGAGUCUUGACAUUUCUCGCAACCAAGUUCUUCUACGGUACCUCUCCCCAGGAAUAUUAGGAGUUGCUACCCAACUAGAACUUUAUGCUGUCACCACUCUCUACUUCUCUCGUGAAAGCCUUAGAUUUGCUCUCCAACGACAGCCAGCGAGUCCGCAACGAUCGAUCCCCACAAGCGCUGCGGAAAGAGCUCAUCCCCAGAAGCCUGGAGAACCGAAAUCUGGCAACUAUCAGGAAGAUACUCAGGUUGUCGUGAAUCUUUCUUACCUAGCUGUUGCAAUAGGUGGCCCUCUGAUAUAUCUUCUGGGCUUGUUUUAUUCUCGAUUUGCCAAACAUGAUGUCGUCAAAGUACCAUUUUUCGAAAGCAGCCUCAAAGUAACAGGUUUUGCAUGCUUUUUAGAACUAUUGACAGAACCGUGUUUUGCUGUAGUCCAACACAGAAUGCUUUAUAAAAUAAGAGCAUUAGCUGAAACAACAGCUGCCGUUAUGAAAGCCUCGACCACCUGUGGGAUCAGUAUAUGGGCAUCUCAACGGGGAAUGGAUAUAGGCGUUUUACCCUUCGCUGUGGGCCAAACAGCUUAUGCAUUUACCCUUCUUUUUGCCUAUUUCUUCACUAUUGGCUCAUAUUCAAUCCGAAAUGGUUUCUCGGUAUUUCCUCUUGCCAUCCGUCACCGGGACACAACCAAUUACUUUUUGAACCUUUUCUCUAUUCCUCUAUUCUCCCUCAGCAUCAAUAUAUACGCUCAGUCGGUGGUAAAGCAUAUCCUCACCCAAGGUGACUCAGUGGCGCUUGCUGCGUUUUCAACCCUUGAGGAGCAAGGCCUGUAUGCGUUAGCCUCCAACUAUGGAAGUCUUGUUGCAAGAAUUAUUUUCCAGCCUAUUGAGGAAAGCUCCCGGAAUGUGUUUGGAAAGCUUCUCACUUCCAGCAAAACAAAACCGGCAACAACACAGAGCCUGAAGCGGGCCAAGUCAUACCUCUGUGAUAUCCUCCAUGCUUACGGUAUUUUUUCGAUAAUCAUCUGCGCCUUGGGUCCAAACAUAGCCCCGCAGCUGCUCAGGCUCCUCAUAGGCUCUCAGUGGUCACGUCCUGGCAUCUUUAGCCUCCUCUCCAACUACUGCUAUUACAUUCCGUUGCUAGCAUUCAAUGGCAUUACCGAGGCCUUCAUCGCAUCUACGGCGACACAUUCAGAGCUACGGCAACAGUCCGGCUGGAUGGGCGCUUUCUCUGCUGGAUUCAUUACUGCGGCCUAUUUGUUUUUGAGGAUAGGGAAAUUUGGUUCUCGCGGAAUAAUAUGGGCGAACGCCAUGAACUUGAAUCUCCGCAUCAUUUGGAGCUCCUGGUUCAUUAAAAAAUAUUUCCGAGAUCGCAAAGAUGGUUUUAAGAUAUCGGAAGCGCUACCAAACUACGAAUCUGUUGCGGUUGGUGUUGGAGCAUACGCUGUCAUGUGGGCGCUGCAACCCGGCCCUGAAUCUGAGCUCUGGGACAUCUUCAGAAUGCUCCUUGUUGGAGGAAUUUUUGCGGUCUCCAUGUAA